UGAGCGGUUAACCGCAAUUUCUUUAUUUUUGGAGGAAAAUGCAAAAAUUCUAAAUAAGAAAAUUCAGAUGCAAAAUCGCGAGACCAUGGAUUUGGUCUCCAUUCUCAGCUUUCUCUGCAAUAACCGAUUAAUCCACCGGCUCAACAAACGUCAUUUGCCGGUGGUUGAUCGGAAAACCACCCUUUUAAUUUUCUUCUUUCCAAUUCAAUCGAUAUAAUAUCUACAAAUUUUCUUUCAAAAUCAUCUCAGCCGGAACAGUCUGCGAAGUUACAAUUUGAGCUUUGAGCAAUGGCUUCGCUAUCGGCAAUAAGCGUAGAGCUGGCAGAAAUAGAGGGACAUAUUUCGGAUAAAUUUCGAGCUCUCUCGAAUGGGUUUCAGAAAUUGGAGAAGAUUAAGGACACCAAUAGGCAGAGCAGGCAGCUGGAGGAUCUUACUAAUGAUAUGCGAGAAUGUAAAAGGCUUAUUAAAGACUUUGAUACAGAAGUAAAGGAUUUAAAGUUUCGGAAUGAUGCCGAGACAAACAAGAUUCUAACUGAGAAAAAGCAAUAUAUGAUCAAAGAGUUGAACUCAUAUGUUGCUAUGAAAAAAAAAUAUGCAACCAAUCUUGAAAAUAGGCGUGUAGAUCUCUUUGAAGACCCUGCAGAAGCUUCUACUGAAGAAAAUGUCUUGCUAGCUUCAGCUUUGACUAAACAACAGCUAAUAGAUCACGGGAAUCAAAUGAUGGACGAGACAGAUCAGGCCAUAGAUAGAGCACAAAAGGUGGUCCAGGAGACUAUUAAUGUUGGAACAGAAACUGCGGCAACACUCAAGGAGCAGACAGAACAAAUGAGUAGAAUUGUUAAUGAGCUGGACACGAUUGACUUCUCUAUCAAGAAGGCUUCCAAGCUUGUCAAGGAACUUGGUAGGCAGGUUGCAACUGACCGUUGUAUUAUGUCAAUGCUUUUCAUGAUUGUGCUGGGGGUCAUCGCAAUAAUUAUUGUGAAGAUGGUUAACCCCAAUAACAAAGACAUUAGAGACAUUCCGGGGUUAGCUCCUCCUGUUCCCAACAGAAGAUUACUUUGGCAUCAUAACUGAAGCGGGCGGCAAAUUGUUACUUGAGUAUAUGCUGAUGUUUGGCAUAUCAAGUUUACUAUAUCUUUUGACAUUGUUCAAUGUUCCAUGCUCCUGCCCUCAAUUCCUAACUCUUAACAAAGGCUAGACGGAAAAGUCUACCAAAACAUGGGUUUAAUGGACCAAACAUUCUCGUGAUAUAUAAAUUUGGCGCAUUAACCCUUGUGAUUUAAAAAUGCGUCAAACCCCGGUAUUAUAAUUAUUCAUGCACAAAACCCCCUAUGUACAAAUUUAAUUGUCAAAUAAAUGGAAAAUGAUUAUUAUCUUUUGCAUAAUUUAGAGAUCUCGACAAAUUUACUUGCAUAUUCAAUCAUAAUAUUAAGAUAAAUGAUUUCCAAAUUGUUAAAUUUAUUCUGGGAAGAGAUUUUGCGCAUGAAUAAUUACAACAUAUGGGGGUUUGACACAAUUUUUAGAUCAUAGGGAUUAAUGUGGUGAAUUUAUAUAUUAUAACAGAGUUUUGUACAUCAAACCCACCAGCACAUGACUUUGAUCUUCUAACUUUAACUCACCGAUGAUACAAUGUUAUUGUAGCUAUUGUUGUCCCUAAUUCUUUAUAGAGCAUUUCAGGUCAUAGGCCAAUGGAGAUUUGAAAUUGUGGUGCAUAUGAAAAAAAACAUAUGUAUCCUUAUGCUAAUAGACAUCAACAUUCUAUGAAUGUACAUCCAGAUCACGUUAAUCUUGUAUGAGUUGUAUCUAUAUUCAUCUAUUUUAGUUUUAAAAUUUUAAUGCU